GCUUCAAAGUGACAUUUUACAUACGAAAUCGGCUUGAGAAAAACGGAGGAGAAUCGCUUUUCUCGUCACAAAAGUUGGUGCGUGCGAACGGCUGAACCCCACAAUCGAUAGGGUAGUGUGAAGCGUGACACGGUGUAGCACGAAGAGAGACGCACAGUUAACGUAAAGUUUUGCGCGAAGCAACAGCAUCCGGAACCGGAUUUUCAACACUUCGCUCGCGGACACGUUCGAGCACCAACGCAGUGCGCCUUCCCAUCCCGCUCCACCGCACACACAGAUAGGCGACGGUGAAGGAGAAGACAGAACACCCCGAGGAGGAAUAAAACAUGGCUGCCAGUGCGAGCGGUGAUAAAGCUGCGGAUGAUUCACUCUAUCCGAUUGCUGUUUUGAUCGAUGAGCUGAAAAAUGAAGAUAUUCAGCUCCGCCUAAACUCGAUCAAGAAGCUGUCGACGAUUGCCCUAGCACUCGGCGAAGAGCGGACGCGCAACGAGCUGAUCCCGUUCCUGACCGAGUCCAUCUACGACGAGGAUGAGGUGCUGCUGGCACUGGCCGAGCAGCUCGGCAACUUUAUCCCGCUGGUCGGCGGGCCCGAGUACGCGAUGUAUCUGAUACCGCUGCUCGAAUCGCUCGCCACGGUCGAGGAGACGGUGGUGCGCGAGAAGGCGGUCGAGUCGCUCCGUACCGUGGCCGGCCAGCACAGCGCCCAGGAUCUGGAGGUGCACCUGGUGCCGACGCUGCAGCGCCUGGUGUCGGGCGACUGGUUCACAUCGCGCACGUCCGCCUGCGGCCUGUUCUCCGUGUGCUAUCCGCGCGUGUCGGCCGCGGUCAAGUCGGAGCUGCGCAUCAACUUCCGCACGCUCUGCCAGGACGAGACGCCGAUGGUGCGCCGUGCGGCCGCGGGCAAGCUCGGCGAGUUCGCCAAGGUGGUCGAGCUGGAGUAUCUCAAGUCGGACCUGAUCCCCACCUUCGUACAGAUGGCCCAGGACGAGCAGGACUCCGUGCGGCUGCUCGCGGUCGAGGCGUGCGUCAGCAUUGCCCAGCUGCUGCCACAGGACGAGGUGGAACUGAAUGUCAUGCCAACGCUGCGCCAGUGCGUCAACGACAACUCCUGGCGCGUCCGGUACAUGGUGUCGGAAAAGCUGACCGAUCUGCAGAAAGCGGUCGGGCAGGAGAUCACCAAGAACGAUCUCGUAUCGGCCUUCCAGUUCCUGCUGAAAGAUAGCGAGGCGGAGGUGCGCGCCUCCGCCUCGGCCAAGGUGACCGAGUUCUGCGCCAACCUGGACAAAGCCUGCCAGGAGCAGAUCAUCAUGACGUCGAUCCUGCCGUGCGUGAAGGAGCUGGUGGCCGACUCGAACCAGCACGUCAAGUCGGCGCUCGCGUCGGUCAUCAUGGGGCUGAGCCCGAUCGUCGGCCGCAACAACACGAUCGAGCAUCUGCUGCCGCUGUUCCUGAUCCAGCUGAAGGACGAGUGGCCCGAGGUGCGGCUGAACAUCAUCUCGACGCUGGACUGCAUCAACGACGUGAUCGGCAUCCAGCAGCUGUCCCAGUCACUGCUGCCGGCGAUCGUCGAGCUGGCGGAGGACAGCAAGUGGCGCGUCCGGCUCGCCAUCAUCGAGUACAUGCCGCUGCUGGCCGGGCAGCUCGGGCAGGAGUUCUUCAACCAGAAGCUGCGCGAUCUGUGCUUCAACUGGCUGAACGAUCACGUGUACGCGAUCCGCGAGGCGGCCACGCUCAACAUGAAGAAGAUCGUGCAAACGUUCGGCACCCAGUGGGCGGAAACGAACAUUAUCAACCAGAUUUUGGUGAUGUACAAAAACAGCAACUAUUUGCACCGAAUGACCUGCCUGUUCUGCAUCAACGCACUGGCCGACGUUUGCGGUGCUGACAUCAUCGAGCGGCUGUUCCUGCCGACCAUCAAAGUAUUAUCGACCGAUCCGGUGGCGAACGUGCGCUUCAACGUGGCGAAAACGCUGCAGAAACUGUCGCCAUUCCUCGACCAGGCUGCCAUCGACGAGCACGUGAAGCCGAUCCUGGAGAAGCUCAACACCGACACGGACGUGGACGUGAAAUACUUUGCCUCGGAAGCGAUGGUGAGCAGUGCCGCAGCCUAAAUAAAGCGUCGAGAACGAUGAUGAUGGGGGUGAGUGCAGCGCAACCGUGCAGAACAACAGGACAACAGGAUCAACAUCUUAAUUGUUGUGCGAGAAAUUUGUAGGUUAAUGGAGGAACGAUUUAUGUCGCAGUUUUUGGUAACUAUUAAUACGCCGCAGUGCAGGAAACACUCACAAAAGAAAGUAAACCUCCCUCCCGACCCUUCCUCUCUUAAAGUGGUUGAGAUGCAUCCACACAUGCACACAUACCGUUUCGGUGGGUGCGUUUGACGGUUGGAUGCGGCUCGCGCAAAUCACCUUCUUUUGUCCGUUUGCAAGAAACACAAUUAACUACUUAACAGAAAGGGGUAGGACAUAAUGUCCUGCCGAGUCGUGUGCGUGUGCGCGCGAGCUCAUGCUUGGGUGAGUGUAUGUGUGUGUGUGUGUGUGUGGAAGCGGUUAAAAUAACGAAUAACAGAACAAAUAAUUAACUGAGAGGGAAGGAGAGGCUAGUGUUGUUGUUAGUAGCAUUUUCUUGCUGCGCUUUUCCGUUUGCCGCCGGUAUCACUUACUCUCUAGACCUAGGUGGGCGCAGGUGGGCAAGCAAAACACAAGUUUAUUGAAAAUACGGCCCCACUCCGGCCCACGCCACGCGGCGCAACGGGCAGGGAAGGGGAAACAUGUUGGGGCCGCGAUUACACAUUACUGAGGGCAGUGGAAGCUCUUUAUACAACACAAGACAAGGGAUUAUACUACUGUACACACAAUAGGCACACAGACACAAACAGAAACAAAAAUUCACUCUCUCACACCACAUUCACAUACAUCAACACAUUCUCUGUAAUUUUUUUUUAUAAAUAUGUAAUUGUUCUGAGAAACUUAAAUUCCUGUAUUUCGGUGUCCUUUCUGUAAACGAUGUCCACCCGACUCGGGCGUCUAGCGCGCACUUUCUCACGCAGGAGAACCAUUCGCUGAUUGCUGAGCAGCUUUUUCACACGUCGCUUCCCCGCCCGCGCAAUCAUCCUUAGUUUUGUCGUGUCGGAAAGCGCGCAAAUCUUAAUUUUCCUUUCAAAACCGCCGCUGGAAUUUCAGGCUCGAACCCUGCGGGCUGUUAUGAAGCAAAAGAUCUUAAAAUCAAUGUUUAUUCCCUUGCUUUUUUGCUUUAUACAAUUUUCGCUAAGCUCAGAAGAGAGUGAGAAAGUGCCAAGCGCUUUCUCGUGUGUGUGGAAGAGCGAAUGUACGGGAAAACUGUGUGCGAAAUCAACUAACGAUCUGCGAUUAUGUGUAUAAUCUACGCGGCUGAAAAGGCAAAGUCAGCGUAGGAUCGUUUCUUUCAACCGAUGUCUUUUUUAACGUCUAAUUAUUUCUUCUUCUAACGCCUAAGUUUAUUCUAUAUACAUAUAAAUAAAUAUAAACACUAUAUAUAUUA